CAUGCGCCUCAGCUGUCACGACUCGAACAUCGCUGCGGUUUCUGCGGUGGAAACAUGGCGAUGAGGGCGCUCAGAGGGAUGGUGAACGGAGCCAUGAGCGAGUUUUCAUCGGCCGUCAGCGGGAACAGACCGACCGCCGCUGCUCCGGUCCACCCGGCCGCCGCCGCCGCCUCCAGGGAGCAUGCGAUGGCUGUUAGCCGGGAUUACAUCUCCCAGCCCCGCCUGACCUAUAAAACUGUUUCUGGAGUCAAUGGUCCUCUGGUGAUUUUGGAUCAAGUCAAGUUUCCAAAGUACGCUGAGAUUGUCCAUCUCACUUUGCCUGAUGGUACCAAGAGGAGUGGGCAGGUGCUGGAGGUCACUGGUUCCAAAGCUGUGGUGCAGGUGUUUGAGGGCACUGCAGGCAUCGAUGCAAAGAAGACCAGCUGUGAAUUUACUGGAGACAUCUUACGGACGCCCGUCUCUGAGGACAUGUUGGGGCGUGUGUUUAACGGUUCUGGCAAACCCAUUGACAGAGGACCGGCAGUGCUGGCAGAAGACUUCUUGGACAUCAUGGGCCAGCCCAUAAACCCCCAGUGUCGCAUCUACCCAGAGGAGAUGAUCCAGACCGGCAUAUCUGCCAUCGAUGGCAUGAACAGCAUUGCUAGGGGACAGAAAAUCCCCAUCUUUUCUGCUGCUGGGCUGCCACACAAUGAGAUCGCAGCUCAGAUCUGUCGACAGGCCGGUUUGGUGAAGAAGUCCAAGGACGUGAUGGACUACAGUGAGGACAACUUCGCUAUUGUUUUUGCAGCCAUGGGGGUCAACAUGGAGACUGCCAGGUUCUUUAAGUCAGAUUUUGAGGAAAAUGGAUCUAUGGACAAUGUCUGUCUGUUCCUCAACCUGGCCAAUGACCCCACCAUUGAGCGAAUCAUCACUCCCCGUUUAGCUCUGACAUCAGCAGAGUACCUGGCCUAUCAGUGUGAGAAACAUGUCCUCGUCAUCCUCACUGACAUGAGCUCCUACGCCGAGGCCCUUCGAGAGGUGUCUGCUGCCAGAGAGGAGGUGCCGGGCCGCCGAGGUUUCCCUGGCUACAUGUACACUGAUCUAGCCACCAUCUAUGAGAGGGCCGGCAGAGUAGAGGGCCGCAACGGCUCCAUCACCCAGAUCCCCAUCCUCACCAUGCCUAAUGAUGACAUCACCCAUCCUAUUCCUGACCUGACCGGUUACAUCACUGAGGGACAGAUCUACGUGGACAGACAGCUUCACAACAGACAGAUCUACCCCCCCAUCAAUGUUCUGCCAUCUCUCUCUCGACUGAUGAAGUCUGCUAUUGGGGAGGGAAUGACCCGCAAAGACCACUCUGAUGUUUCCAACCAGCUUUAUGCAUGCUAUGCCAUAGGGAAAGAUGUCCAGGCCAUGAAGGCGGUGGUGGGAGAAGAGGCUCUUACUGCUGAUGACCUGCUAUAUCUGGAGUUCCUUACUAAGUUUGAGAAGAACUUCAUUUCCCAAGGAGCCUAUGAGAACAGGAGUGUGUUUGAGACUCUGGACAUCGGAUGGCAGCUCAUGAGGAUCUUCCCCAAAGAAAUGCUGAAGAGAAUCCCUCAGAACACCCUGGUUGAGUUCUACCCCCGAGAAUCCAAACAUUAGCUCACACACACACACACACACACACACACACACACACACACACACGCUCCGCUUCCUGUCCUCUCCUCCGGCUGAGGCCUCACUCUGUAAAUACAGUGUAGUGUUGUGAUGCUGUAACAAUGCCGAUGCUCGCUGCUUUCAUCUGAUGUUGAGGGUAAAUCAUCCCGGCAUAAACAGGAAGAGAAAAAGACCAAACUGGACUUUUAGAAGUUUGUCUCCAGAGUGAAUGUCAGGAGCUUCCUGUGGAGAAGAAUGUGCAAACAAAUGAUGUGGACAUGAUAGCAGCCACUAGAGGGCGCACACAGCAGAGUUUAAGUCCAUCUGAGGGAUCGGUUCUGAAGCUUAAGGGAACACCAUUAUUUACUGAAUGUCUACAUCAUUUCUGUCAUCGCAUGAAGAACACUGAGUGCUUUGUGUGUUCCACAUGUAUUCUUUCUGAGGCAUAGAAAAUCUGAUUGAUUCUCAGGAAGUCAGAGUGAGCUAAAGUUGAAUAAAAAUACAGAAAGAAAACUGCAGAAAAGGAGCAAAUCAUUAAGUCAAACAGUUUAAUUUUGAUAACUUAACCUUAAUUAAACUCACCUUGUUCAGUUUUGCUCUUCUAACUGAAGCAUUUAAACUUUUGAUUAGACUCUCUUACCAGUUGCAAACAUAUCCUGUAUAGAUGGGUUUAUAACUGCGAUCUAGACACAGUUGUUACUGUGUAUUGUUGAUAUUUUGUAAAUUUGCUCCAUUGUUUAUCCACGUCAACUAUGACAGCUCACAUAAGCAUGAAGAAUGCUUUAUUAUACCAAAUAAACAGGCCUGAGCUUCUCAAAAGCGUCUGAGGAUUUUUGAUCCCCAUAAAAAAUUCUGCCUUUCAGCAGCUUUGUCAAAUAUUCAAUAUAUCAUCACAAAGAAACUGUAUGUUGCUCUGAGUUUAUAACCAGCCAGCUAGAUGAUGCAUUUUAAUGCUCAUAUCAGUAUAAAAUCAGACAACAACCCGCCGAUCCAUUCAUGGAUACAGAAUCCAUUCCUGGUUCCUUCAGCUUUUCUUGACAGACUCUUGUUAUCGAGGUGUCAGUCAGAACGGGCUCUGAUCCAUAUUAAAGAUAUAAGACAGUCUGGGCUGUGCAGCUCCAUUUCCCUUUACAUAUGACAGAAAAACAGGACAACAUGCAUUUACAAUGCAAACAGAGAGACUGGGUUCUGGAGACAAACCUGCCUCGUUUAGAACCGGACCAGAGAGAAAAAACUUCAGCUUCAUGUCUGUAAGCAGGAAAUUGACACCGGUGGAGUUAUGGAGCCACUCCUGGUUUAUUGUUGUUGACAGGUAACUGUGGAAAAACGACUAUUUUUCACUGAUGUAUUUACAAGCUGCAGUUUUAUCCCAGCCCAGAUUGUAGCUGCAGAACUGAUUAAAUUAACUUUAAUUUAUAAUUCUGUUAACAUUCCUUUCAAAAUUAAAAGGUUCUCCUUAGUUUGUGUAUGGUUAGAGCACACAUUUAAGAUCUGAUGCGAUUGACACAAAGUCAGCUGAUACCCUGGGCUUUCCCUGAAUAGAUCAUCAACAACAUAGAAUGAAUGAUACAUUUAAAAAU